AUGGGCCUCCCGACCAACCUCUCCUUCCUGCGUACCGGCACUGGCGGACAGACGCUCGAGGUAUACCUCGAGCCCCUGUGCCCGUUCUCGUACAAGAUGGCGCGGUCGCUCGAAGAUAACGUCCUUCCCCAUGUCAAGGAGGGCGGCAAGUACCAUGGCAAGGUCGAGCUUAUUAUUCGCGUGUAUGCGCAGCCGUUCCACUACUUCUCCGCCUUCCCCUGCGAGGCCAUCCUUGUCUUCUGCAACGAGCACCCAGACCUGUUCUGGGAGUACUUCAUGGCGUCCUUCGCCAUCCAGGAUAACUGGUUCAACAAGAUGGUCAAGGACAAGACCCCUCUGCAGUGCCAGCAGGCAUACGUCGACGUCGCCCUCGACGUUCUUGAGAAGCACGGCCGCCUGCCCGCCGGCCCGCGCUCCAAGGCCGCUGGCGCAAUGAUGGACAAGCUCCAGGUCCAAGACAAGAUGAACGGCGGAAGCACUAUGUUCACAGAGAUCAAGUACCUGACUCGUGAGGGACGCCAGAACGGCAUCCACUUUACGCCGACGGUCCUCCUCAACGGUCUCGAGGACGGCAGCGUGUCGUCGUCCUUUGGCAAGGAUGACUGGGACAACGAGAAGAUCCAGUAG